GGGUUAGUUUGGUCCUAGUGGUUGGAAUUUAUUCUCAUCUCACUCUCACCCACUACUCACUACUCAUCAUCCCUACAAUAUCUUCUACGACUCAAUUACACCUUUUUCACUCUCUUCUUGCUCUCCUGUCUUGAUCCCUCUGAGUGAGCUUUCAUCAGUGAAAUGUCACGCAGCAUAGUCAGAUUCAAUUUCUGAUCCUUCAAAUGGCGCUAACCUCAAGCAGAGUACUAAGAUAUCCUGCUAUUGCUGAUCAAACUGCAAAUUCUAACCAACAAGCAAUUUUAUGUUCCAUUCCUAAUUCGCCUAGAUCUAGUAGUCACAGUGGAAGUUGUGGAGCCAGUUUCAGAAGGUUACGCAAUGAGCGUAACAGGGAAGCCAGGCCGAGUCCUUCCUCGGACAGUCUAUGGGGCAUAUGCAAAAGACCUAUAAGCCAUGCUACUUGUCGGAGAUUGUUAGUACAAUGCCACUUGACAGAAACUCCUCAGACAAAACCAAGAGAAGGCAUUAGACAUGCUAGUGAAUGUGCAGAUAUAACUGGAGAAGGGAUUGAAGAAAAGGAAAUUCAGAAUUCAGCUGAAGGUCAAGAGUUGGCUUCAACUACUCAAGGACUAGCAGAAGCCUAUAAAUAUGCUCACAACGAUGCUAAGUUUGUUAAUGAAAGAGCACGUAGAGAUAUGGUCAUACUUUCUCGUGGUUUACGCAGCCUUGAUGCUCGUGCACGUCAGGAUGUAGCUAUCCUAGGUUUGGAAUUUCUUAAACUAGAUGCUCGGGCAAGGGAGGAUACUGAAAAAAUUGACCAUAACGUCAAGAGAAAGGCUGAACGCCUUCAUCACAUUGCUACAAUUGUUAAAGACAAAGCAAAAUCAAGACUGAAGACUGCAGCAGAUCAACAUUGGAGUGCUGGUGCAUUAGAGGCCGACUUACGACGAGCUGACCUACGUGCGAAGAGACGUGCAAUGGAGGAUACCCUUAUGGCCCUAGAGUUUGUCAAGAACAUCCAUGAUAUUAUGGUCAACAGGAUGUACAAAUUCCCUCUGCGCAAGAAAUAUGGGCCCUUAUCUCAAAAUAUAAUGCUUGAAAAGAAUGGAAAGGCUCUUGAUUUCUUCCCCGGUGAAGUGUCCGAUGAUCGCAUCAGUGCUAUUCAGGAAGCUUACUGGAGCAUGGCAUUUGCACUUUCUGAAGCAGAUGGAAUUGACUACACAGAUCCUGAAGAGCUUGAGCUGUUAAUUACGACGCUCAUAGACCUUGAUGCUAUGGACGGUAAAUCAAGUGUAUCACUCUUGGCUGAAUGUUCUAGCUCUCCCGAUGUUAAUACUAGACAAGCACUGGCAAAUGCUUUAGCAGCAGCUCCGUCAAUGUGGACACUUGGAAAUGCAGGCAUGGGAGCAUUGCAGAGAUUGGCAGAGGAUAGUGACCCAGUUGUUGCUGCAGCUGCGUCGAGAGCUAUCUACGAGCUGAAACAACAAUGGGAUAUUGAAGAGGGCGAUAGCUGGAGGUUUACACUAAAUCAGAAUGGUGCUGAAGAGGAUGAUGGCACUGCAAGCUGAUAUAAAUGUAUACGUUAUUAUUUCAUUAAACUGUAAAGAAUGUAGCAUAAUUAUGAUGAUAGAAAACUCAAUUAGUAGUCUGUAAGUUGAACCCUUGAACCACAGAGUUAACUAAUUCCUAAUUCAAAACUGUUUUCUUUACUACAUUGUCAAGUGUCACGAAUCCAAUGUAUUUGCUAUUCGUAAUAGAAAACUUCAUAUUAAAUAGAAUCUGUUUUACUACAA